UCUAUUAUAUAUAGUUGCGUGCUGGAAACCUAGACCGACAGAGAGUUCAAACUCAAAAGCCUCGGCCAGAAGUGCAAAACAGAGAGUGUUAUAAUGGAACUGGGAUCGUUGUGGGUGGCCUUCGUGUCCGUCUUGGCCGGGUUUUUUGCUUUCUAUGGAUUGCUCCGGAGAGCAAAUGGUUGGUUGUAUGAGCGUAAACUGGGUGAAAAGCGAUUCUCCCUCCCUCCGGGCGACCUGGGUUGGCCUUUGAUUGGGAAUACGUGGUCUUUCCUCAGAGCUUUCAAGUACGACGAUCCUGAUUCUUUCAUCUCCAGCUUUGUUAACAGAUAUGGUCGAACUGGAGUAUACAAGGCCUUCAUGUUUGGAAGCCCAAGUAUUAUGCUUACACUACCCGAACCAUGCAGGCAAGCUCUAAUGGAUGAUGAAGCAUUUAUACCUGGUUGGCCUAAAUCCACUUAUAAACUGAUUGGAAGGAAAUCAUUUCUUGGCACUGUUGAUGAUGAACACAAGCGUCUGAGACGUCUUACAGCUGCUCCAGUCAAUGGUCAUGAAGCGUUAAGUGUGUAUAUCGAGUUCAUUGAGGACUGUGUUAAAUCCACCUUAGACAAAUGGGUUGGUAUGGGGCAAAUUGAGUUCUUAACUGAGAUCAGGAGGCUUACUUUCAGGAUAAUUGUGCACAUUUUUCUUAGCACUGAGAGUGAACAGAUGAUGGAAGGUCUGGAGAAGGAAUACACAGCUCUGAAUUAUGGAGUUAGAGCAAUGGCCAUUAAUCUCCCAGGAUUUGCUUACCAUAAAGCACUCAAGGCUCGAAAGAAACUGGUAGCAAUUCUUCAAUCUGCUGUGAAUGCUAGAAGGCAGAGGAGGGCGAACUGUCCACCCCCGACGAAGAAAGAUAUGAUGGAUGCUCUGUUGGAUGUCAAAUAUGAGAAUGGUAAAAUGUUGACUGAUGAGGAGAUUAUUGAUAUCUUAGUCAUGUACUUGAAUGCUGGCCAUGAAUCUUCAGGCCACAUUACAAUGUGGGCAACUGUAUUACUACAGAAUCAUCCAGAAAUCCACCAAAAAGCAAAGGCAGAGCAAGAGGAGAUCAUAAGGAAAAGGCCACCCACACAGAAAGGAUUGACGCUCAAGGAAAUUAGACAAAUGGACUAUCUUUCCAAAGUGAUUGAUGAAACACUUCGCCUCAUUAAUAUAUCAUCGGUAGUUUUCCGAGAAGCAAGAAAGGAUGUUAAUGUCAAUGGYUACACCAUACCAAAGGGAUGGAAAGUUCUGGUUUGGUUCAGGAGUGUUCACAUGGAUUCUGAAAUCUACUCUGAUCCAAAGGAAUUUAAUCCUUCUAGAUGGGAUGGAUUCACACCCAAAGCAGGAACCUACAUUCCCUUCGGAGCAGGAAGCAGGUUGUGUCCUGGAAAUGAUCUUGCCAAGCUAGAGAUCUCUAUUUUCCUCCACCAUUUUCUUCUUAAUUAUAGGCUUGAACGGCUCAAUCCAGACAGCCCAUUGAGGUACUUACCUCAUACAAGGCCCAUUGACAACUGCCUAGCAAGAAUUAGAAAGAUUUCAUCGGCAACUAUGUGAGCAGGGAUUGAACGAAAUACAAAAGCACAUCUUGGACCUCUUGGUGCUCAAUUUUCGCUUUAUAAUAAAGUUGCCUUUUUAAAUAUGGUUGUGACAUGAAGUUAUGGUGAUUUUUUAAUAGAGAAAUAUGACCAUUUGAUAAUUUAAGUAUUUAA